CCUGUAAACAAUCAACGUCGCCCUGCACACCCGCAACAACAGAGGAGCAGUCAAGGUCACCAAAGUAGAUUUGGUCGAACUCGAAACACGUUAUCUUCGUUCGUGCGAGUGAGAUAACAUACCGGUCCCGAGAAAUCAACUCAGUUCGAGUCGGAGUUCGCUCAACGCAGGCGCGGCCGCAUCCAUUGCCUGUUGCAAACAGUAUAAAAUAAAUAAAACAACAAUGUUCCCAUUACGCCGCGUUGGCAGCAAGAUUCUAGAGCAAUGGAGGGCUCCUGUGGUAGCUGCAAAAAUGCACAGGAAUUACAGCUCGGAUGUGGCCACUCCUCAACCGUUGUCCGUGUUGACCGAAGACGAACUCGCUAUGAAAGAAACAAUCAGAAAGCUGGCAACAGAACAGAUCGCUCCUUUGGUCAAGAAAAUGGAAGAUGAACACCGCAUCGAUGACAGCAUCAGGCAACUGCUUUUCGACAAUGGUCUGAUGGGUAUUGAGACCCCCACUGAAUACUCCGGUUCCGGCUGUGGAUUCCUCACAAUGAUGCUGGUCGUCGAGGAGUUGUCCAGGGUCGACCCUGCAGUAGCUGCCUACGUGGAUAUUCACAACACGCUGGUCAACUCUCUCUUUAUGAAGCUCGGUACUGAAGAGCAGAAACAGAAGUACUUGACGAAACUCUGCACGGAAUACGCCGGCAGUUUUUGCCUCACAGAACCCAGCUCAGGGUCUGAUGCGUUCGCCUUGAAGACUGUUGCCAAGAAGGACGGUGACCACUACGUCAUCAGCGGUUCCAAGAUGUGGAUCUCCAACUCCGAUGUCGCUGGAGUUUUCCUCGUUAUGGCUAAUGCUGACCCCUCUAAGGGCUACAAAGGCAUCACCUGCUUCAUCGUGGAGCGUGACACCCCUGGUCUGUCCGUUGCCAAGCCUGAGACUAAGCUCGGUAUCCGUGCCUCCGGUACCUGCAUGGUGCACUUUGAUAACGUGAGAGUGCAUGAAAGCAGCAUUCUUGGAGAAUAUGGCAAAGGUUACAAAUACGCAGCAGGUUUCCUGAACGAGGGCCGUAUUGGUAUCGCGUCACAGAUGAUCGGUCUGUGCCAGGGUUGCAUGGACGCCACCAUUCCUUACACUCUUGAGAGAAAGCAGUUCGGCAAGAGCAUUUACUCUUUCCAGGGUAUCAGCUACCAGAUCGCUCACCUCCAAACCCAACUGGAAGCCGCUCGUCUCCUAACCUACAACGCUGCCAGGCUCAAGGAACAUAACAUGGACUUCGUCAAGGAGGCUGCCAUGGCUAAAUACUAUGCUUCAGAAAUCGCUCAGAAGUUGACAUCAAAGUGCAUCGACUUCAUGGGAGGAGUAGGUUUCACUAGAGAUUUCCCUCAAGAGAAAUUCUUCCGGGAUGCCAAGAUCGGUACCAUCUAUGAGGGAACUAGCAAUAUGCAGUUGCAGACGAUCGCCAAACUGAUUGAGAGGCAGUAUACCCAAUAGAGAUUAUAAGAAUUGAUUAUAUACUCCUAAGAAAUAUUACAAAGAAUAUUUUGGAGUCAAGCCUCCAUAGUCCAGUUGCACUUUACCAAUGCCAAAAUGUCUAUAUAGACAAAUGUCAAAGGCUCUAUAACUGAUUUAAUUUGUAGCAUACAUUCUAAAGUAUGAGAAAUCUGAUUUAUAGACCACUGAACUUCUAUUACGAUGCAUUUGUUGAGUGCAUCUGUACUUGAGACCCUUGAUUGUACAUAAUUCUUAGAACAUCCGAAUUUAUUAAAUAGUUCACUUUACUAUUUAAAAACAAAUGUUUGCAUUUACUAAAUGAUGAAUUAAUUGUUAUCUAUGAGUACAAUGAUAAAGAGAUUGUAGUUGAUAUUAGUUUUAAAAUAAGAAAAAUGUCUUCCCUUUUGUACAAAAUCAAAUUUAAUGUAAUUAAAAUAUAUAAUAUAUAUUUUAUACAAAUUGUAUUCCAAAUAAAAGACUUUUAUAAACUAUUAUAUGAACAUUUAUUUACAGAAAACUAAGUCUACAUUUGAUUUUAUGCUUUUAUAGGUAAUGUUAAGGUUUAGGUUCAUGUGGCAUUUUGAAACCAACCAUCCUUGCCGUUUCUUCAACACUCCUUUCUCCCUUUCCUUUGAACUCUGCAUUGAUUUCUUUGUACCUUCUUGAGUGGUGCAGAUAAUCAUAGUAGGACUUGGCUCUGAAAUGCAUCUCAUCAGCUGCCUUGCAUAACUGUUGAUCCGUAGUCUGAUAUUUUCUGUAUUCUCUGAAUAUAUACUGAACCAUUUGAUUCUCCGUAAGCUUUGAUGAAGAGCUCUGUUUACGUAACUCUGACAAUAAUUGCCGAAGUGUUACUAAUGCGGGCUUUGUAGAGAUUGAUGCCAUUUUUAUACCUU